GUACUGGCUGGGGGCGGCACUUGAUUAGUCUUGCGCAGACUCGGUGCUGGCAGGCAAUCUAGCGAGCGCGUUGAGUUGUUUGUGAAGAGCAGCAACAUGGACGACGAGGAGGAGACCUACCGGCUGUGGAAGAUCCGCAAGACUAUCAUGCAGUUGUGUCAUGACCGAGGCUACCUGGUGACCCAGGAUGAGCUGGACCAGACACUUGAGGAGUUCAAGACGCAGUUUGGGGACAAGCCCAGCGAAGGACGACCAAGGCGCACAGACCUCACCGUGCUGGUAGCCCACAACGACGACCCCACAGACCAGAUGUUUGUGUUCUUCCCAGAGGAGCCCAAGGUGGGCAUCAAGACCAUCAAGGUGUACUGCCAGCGCAUGCAGGAGGAGAACAUCACACGGGCUCUGAUCGUGGUGCAGCAAGGCAUGACGCCCUCCGCCAAGCAGUCCCUGGUGGACAUGGCCCCGAAGUACGUGCUGGAACAGUUUCUACAGCAGGAGCUGCUCAUCAACAUCACAGAACACGAGCUAGUCCCUGAGCAUGUGGUCAUGACCAAGGAGGAGGUGACUGAACUGCUGGCUCGAUACAAGCUUCGUGAGAGCCAGCUGCCUAGGAUCCAGGCCGGGGACCCUGUGGCACGGUACUUUGGGAUCAAGCGAGGACAGGUUGUGAAGAUCAUCCGCCCCAGUGAGACGGCCGGUCGCUACAUCACCUACCGCCUGGUGCAGUAGCUGCAGCCAGGGGAAAUCUAGCGCUCUAGAGACUGAAGCAGGAGGAUUGCUGCUGAAGUCAAGUUUGUGGACUCUUUUGCGGUGUGAGAGUGUCUCCUGGAAAACAAUGAAGAGGAGCCUACAGCAGCACUGCAUGCAGGGAAACACCUGGAGCCUCUGGCGCUGCCCCCCGACGAGAGCGACGGCUGCUGCAUCGGAAAGCUAGGCCCAUAGCUGCUGCUCCCAUGGGCCCCAGCAUGUGGGUCAGAACUGGGUUGCCUUUUGACCAAAGGGUUCCAUCCUGGUCAUUGUCGCAGGACGAGCAUCCUCAGAGUUGCAGCCACAUCCCCACUCCUCUCUGGGGUCACUGUUCUGUUCAGAGUUCUCCAUUCUCGUAGGACUCUGUUGAGAAUUAAAGGAUAUUUUGUGUAGAUAA